AUGACACCAUCGUCAUUUCUUCGAUCAAGCCGGCGGUCAUUCUGCCCGUAUGCCUUUGGCCCUCGCCAACGGGCAACAUUUACGACAGUAUCGACAUAUUUGCAGACGCUUUCAAACCUCCGAAUUGGAAAGAAUACUCGGGUGAUUUAUCAGGGAUUUACAGGGAAAACCGCGACCAAAAACGCGCAAGACACGAUCGCCUACGGUACUAAUGUUGUCGGAGGCGUUUCUCCAAAGAAAGGUGGCUCACAACACCUUGGAUUACCCGUUUACAACACCGUCAAAGAGGCCCAAACCCACCUCCAACCAGACGCAAGUGUAGUCUUCGUGCCUGCACUUCUGGCCGCCAACGCAAUUAUUGAAGCCAUCGAGGCUGAGAUCCCACUCAUUGUGUCCGUCGCCGAACACAUCCCCGUCCACGACAUGCUCCGAGUGCAUCAAAUCCUCCGCACCCAAUCCCGAUCUCGUCUAGUGGGCCCCAAUUGCCCGGGAAUCAUUUCUCCCGGGGAAUGUAGACUCGGGAUCAUGCCUUUCCAACAAUACACGCCGGGCAAGAUCGGGAUUGUUAGUAAGAGCGGCACAUUGAGCUAUGAGGCUGUUGGGGCCACCACCAGAGCUGGGUUGGGCCAGAGCCUGGUGGUCGGAAUGGGAGGGGAUAUGUUGCCCGGGACGACGUUGGUGGAUGGGUUGGAGCUGUUCUAUGAAGAUAAUCGUACUGAAGGGAUUGUGGUGAUUGGGGAGAUUGGUGGAAUGGCUGAGUUUGAUGCCGCCGAGAGUAUCCGAGAGUAUCGCGCCCGGACGGAUAACCCUAAGCCGAUUGUUGCGAUGGUGGCUGGGAGAACGGCCCCGCCUGGAAAGGUCAUGGGUCAUGCAGGCGCGCUAUUGAUUCCCGGAGGCAAGGGGGCGGUAGAGAAAGCAGUGGCUCUGGAACGGGCUGGGGCGACGGUGGUUCCCCAUCCUGGGUUGAUUGGGGUGGAAAUGGAAUGGUUGAUGGGGGUUAUUGGGUAGAUGCCGCCUCCUUCUUGAUUGCAGCUAGA